AUGUCGGCGAUUACACCACGUAGAGCGAAAGAAAUCGGUGCCUUUUUCUUGUUUUUGGGAGGUAAGAUCGAAUUGUACUUUCUUACCUAUUUAGGAGUACAUUAUGCAUACUACAAGAUCCAGAACAACGACAGCCUUGUCCCGAUGCAGAAUAGACAGGAAUUGUUUUACGUACAGUGGAUCAAGGAUGCCUUUCCAUCGCUUAAGGACAAGUUUGGUGUGAAGAAGGAUUAG